UAUAAAAAAAAACUGGGUAAAAAACAAACCAACUUGAUUGGCAAAUAUUCCUGUUAAAAAUUGUAAUUGUCCACAUUAUUUUUUUAAAAUAUGGAUAAUAUGAAUGUUGAACAAAAAAACAUUAUAAGAAAAAUCGAGGACAUCAUAGAUAUACAAAAAGCUAACGGCAAUUUUAAUGUUCGGCAAGUGGCUUUUAAAUUACCUUCAGAAACCGAUAGCACUAUUUCUGCUAACCUAGUUAAGAGUUUGGAAACAGGUCUGUCUAAAGUUAAAUUAGAUCAAAAUCAUAAAAAAAUUAAAAAGCUACGUUCAAAGAGACAGAAAUCUUUUACGCCAGAUGUUAUAUCAUGGCCGAGCGAUUCUGACAUCACAGUUUUAAGAAUGAAAAUACGAUCAAGUACAGAUAUAAAUGAUAAAUUAGGCAAUGUUGUUUUGGGGGACGGACUACAUCAAAGAAAUACUUCAUCAAUGAUUAAUUUAGCAACGCUUAUAAUACACUCUCAAUCGCCUUCGAAACACAGUAUUAACAUGGAAGAAUAUUUAAUGCCUCUGUCCUCGUGGGAGCACGCAGAACAGGAUAGAAAAAAACCUGAGACCGUCGAUGAAAAUUCAGUCACUUCGACUAACAGCGCCUGUCAUAUUUUUCGUCCUAGAUGCAGUCAUAAAGGCGAAUUCUCGUAUAGAGAUAGCGACUUUUACGAAGAAACUAAUACAAAGUCGAAGGUAGCACGUUUUCUGCGGCUUUACUUCUGCCCUUGUUGCACUUGUCUUUAUAAUUUAGAAAAGAUGCAAGAUAAAUCAUCGGGAUAUUUUACAAAAUCUUGAGCGUAAAAAGUAACUGCUAAUAAAUUAGAAAAUAAAUUUGGUAUUAAGUAAUCCAAAAUUUUCCUUCUUUAUUUUAUUGUAAUUCUACUUUUAUUUUUGUAAUUUUACAAUAUAUUUCUGUUUAAUAAAAAAGAGGCUAGAA